AACUCAGAAGACGACAUCUCUUUAGUUUAGUCUAUCUAUCUAUCGGUGGUGAGUGAAUAAUGAAUACUUACACCUAUACAUACACCACCAUUCUUGUACUCAUCCUUGCUCUCGUCAGACUCUUGUGAAAUCCCAUGCCUGCCCUCCUUAUCCAACCCACACGUGGUGUUCUUCCCCCAAAACCCAGACCCGUUUUGGUCAACUUACGCCACCCUCACUCACAUAUCCCUUCUUGCUUCCUCCCUCCGUUACCAUUACCCCUGCUUUGUCUUUGAAAUAAUAAAGAGACAAAAAUGGAGCACCCGUUUUUCACGACGGCCGCUACUCGGGCGGAGGCUUUGCGCUGGCUCACAAUCGCGGAGAAGCUGCUGUCGGCGCGUGACCUGUUGGGGAGCAAGUCGUUCGCCACACGCGCACGUGAGUCUGACCCCACCCUCGCCCCCGCCGACGAAAUUCUUGCGGUGGUGGACACGCUCCUUGCUGGGGACAGGCGGAUCGGGAAUAAUCAGCCCGACUGGUACUCUAUCCUCCGGUUAACACCCUCGCAGGGCCGCGAUUCCGAGCUCAUUGCCAACCAGUACCGCGGCCUCGUCCUCCUACUGAACCCGCAAAGCAAUAAAUUCCCAUUUGCUGAACAGGCCUUCCGCCUCGUCAUCGAAGCCUGGUCUGUUCUCUCCAACCCUUCCCGGAAAUCAUUGUAUGAUAAGGAACUUGCGUUUUAUUUGCAGCCGCAGCAGCACCAACCCGACCCAUUUAACGAACCCAUACCAGCAUUGCAGCAGAACUUCAUUUUCUUUGGGGGUGGCGGUGCGAGUAGCGUCGCCCAGCCGCAGGUGCAUGGCGGUGGAAGUAGCAGCGGCUUUGGUGCCAGUCACUACGCGCAAGUUCAACAGGUACAUGGGCAGCCGCAGGUUGACCACGUGGUUGGUGGGUCGAACCGCGAACCCCAAAAUUUUAUGGGUUUCCCUUCGGGUUCUCAUUUUGUUUUCGGGUCUGGUUCCGGCUCUAAACCGAGUCACGAACCGGUCAAUAAUCAGGUAGAAGAAAGUUAUUCGACUUUCGCUGGUAAUGUGGGUUCUGAUUCUGGGCCAGGCCAGGAGCAAUUGGACAGUAAACAGAAAGAAUCGCAAGAAAUUUACUCAAAUAUUAGUGAUAAAUCAAUUCAUGAUGAUGUGAACGAGAGUGAGAAUGUAGGAGAGACGAUAGAGGAUGAGGAAGAUUUGGACAGAAUGGAGUUGGAGGAGGAGAGAGUUGAUUCACCGGAGGACAACAAUGUAUCAACUUUCUGGACAGCAUGCCCUUACUGUUAUUAUAUGUAUGAGUAUCCUAGGUUGUAUGUUGAUUGUACAUUGCGUUGUCAGAACUGUAGGAGUGCGUUUCAGGCUGUGGUCAUUCCAUCGCCACCGCCAAUUGUGGAUGGGCAAGAAGGGUACUUCUGUUGCUGGGGCUUUUUGCCUAUGGGUUUCUCAAUGGAGAAUUGGGAGAAAAAUAAGGGUGCUGCUUCAGCCUGGACACCUUUUUCGCCUAUGUUCACUUGCCCACAAAUGGUUAAUAAUGCGAGCAAGAAGGCUGGUAGCUGGAAGAGCUCUGCUCCUAGGGUUUACGUUGACGACGACGAGGUUUUCGUGGAGAUAUCUGGCUCAAGUGAGUCUGACGGUGACUGGCAGGAUGAUAGGGAGAAGAAAAGGAAGAAUAAAGGAAAAAAUGUCUUAGGAAACGAGGCUACUACAACCCCCGGUCGAAGUGCGAGGGAAGUGCUUCCGGAUAUAGGCAAGAAUGUGAAUGUGGCUGAAGCCCUUGAAGCUCCAGACAUGGUGGAGAUGCCUAAUAAGACAACUGGUGAGCCGAGCAAGAUGGCAGUGAUGGCGAAUGCAAGGAAGCAACCUGGCAAGGUUGCGAAGAAUUUUGGGAAGUUAGAUUUGAAUGUGGAGUUCAGCAAUGAGGUUGAGGAACCUGCACCAGGUAUGAACCAAGGGAAUGGACCAGGCCGUGCAGAGGAUGAUAACAUUGAAGGGAUUGGUUUCUUUGAGGGUCUUGAUGAAUUUCUUAGCAGUCUUCCGAUUCUUAACGUUGUAGGAGGUGACGACAAAGUUGUCAAGGCUGCUUGAUAUAGUAAGAACCUUUUUGGUCGUAACUGUAAGUAGUUGCGAGGUUGUCAAGGGUGUUUAAUGUAGUAAGACUUUUCUUUUCUCGUAAUUUUGACUUGUAGUAAAUGAUGUAGAUCAACUUGGAUACUGUACUUCUGCUUUUCUUAUGUUUUAAUUAUAUGUAUAUCUUGAAGCUGCA